UUGAGUAGUGCAUGUCGCUCCUGCUCUUACGCAGAUUGUAAAUACGUAGACGUAGUUCGUUUUAGUAUCCAACUAAGUUAAUAUGUGUCUCAAGAAAGUAUCUGAGUCCCCGCAGACGGAGGCUGAGUCACCUCGUUCACCUUGGAAAAGGCUCUUAACAAAGAACUCAAAACCAAGGUUGCCACGAUCGGUGACUAGGUCUACGCGAGUGAAUCUUAACAAGUGCUGGUCGAAGUUGGGUGAGCUGAUCACCAACACGCCGCCACGCACUGACCUGCCAUCGCAUAAGACUGCUUAUCCCGAAGAACCUGUUGUUGUGCCGUUCUCAAAAUAUUUCUAUCCCACUGAUCCGGUCAAACCGGUCACGGAAGAUGAUGAUAACGCUGAAAAUGAAAACCUCCUCAACUCGAGCCGUUUUGAACUCAUCUCUGACGCGGAGAUAGGUGAUAACAUGGCGAAUGAAGUUAGAGAAAUAUGUUAUGCCGCGACCAAAUCCAACUGUUUCGUAUGUAAACUUUGCUUUUAGUUGCGGAUAAUUUUAUCGUUAUACAGUGAAACAAAAUCGUGUCUUCCAGUUUAGAUUAAGUGUUGGUUAGCACAAAUCUGUCUUCCAUUAGAGUAAGCGAACAAUAACAUCAUCAAAUAUGUUACGUUAUUUGAUUUUGUGAUCUUAGUUUAGUGUUUCAUCAAUCAGAUGAUGUUAUUGUUUUUCGUUUAAGGUAAAUUAGUUGUUGGUAAUGUAACAGUAAAUUGUCACAUCAUUUGGUAGACAGCUUUAAUACUGCACUGUAAUUAUCGAGCACGUUUGAUUCUUCCUUUCGAACACCUAAUUUUAUAAUCCAAUGUCUUCCAUUAGUUUUAGGAUAUAUCUGUGAUAUCUAACUCGAAGCUUUAACUAGUAUAAGUAGAGAUUUUAUUGCAAAUUAUUUAGCGUAAGAAAUUUUUUGUCCCAUUUCAAAUUAGUAGAUGUAAAUAGAUUUGAACAUUAAUAUGCAACUGGACAAGUAAGAAAGCUUUAAUUACUUGUAAGCUAGAUGUAAAAUAUGUGUAAAUUAAUUGAUUUUCUUGUGUUUACUUUUAAUUGUAUGAUGAUGUUCUUUUACGUGUAUUAACUAACUAAAAUAGGCCGAACGUGCCAAUGUUACUUUAAGUUACUUUGUAAUUUUAACGUUUAAGUACUUAGUUUUAGUUUUUAUAUUCAAUGUGCCUUUUAGUUUAUAAUUAUUUUUAAUAUUGCACGUUUAACAAAUAGUACAAUUAGUUAUUAUGUUUAGUUUAAACCAUUUUUGUAGACUGAUAUUAAUAAGAUGAAGACUUUCGUUUGAUCUCUGUAAUAAAUACUUAUUUUAACAAUA